AUGGCCUUCUCUCUGGUGAGGCUGGCCUGUGUCGUCAGCAUUCUUCCGGCGGCGCUGGCACAGAUCACUGUGAGGAGUCAGGCAGAAGACGUGUCAGCCUCGGUCAACGUGGAUGCCUUGGACUUCUCAGAUGCCGCGGGCGUCUCGACAGUGAUUUCGAAGGGGAUCAACUACGGCUGCAAGUGCUACCCGGGCGAGUCAUGCUGGCCGUCGGCGUCCAAGUGGAAGAGCCUCAAUGCCACGGUUGAUGGGCGGCUUCAAGUCCACAUCCCGCCAGGGGCCGCCUGUCACAACACUUUCACCGGCCCGCUGGGGACGGUGAACACGUAUGAUGCGGCCAAGUGUGCCGAGGUCACCCAGAAUUGGGAGAGCGAGUCAUGGACCGUGAGCCAGCCUGCCGCAGCGCUCUGGACCUACUUCACCAACGACACUUGCCGGCCGACGCAGAAUCCCGCCGACAGCUGCACGCUGGGUUACUAUGGAGUCUACGUGAUCAUGGCCACCAAGCCGCAGCAUGUCAAGGCGGGCAUCGACUUUGCCCGGCGCAACAACCUCCGGCUGAUCGUCCGCAACACGGGCCACGACUUCAUCGGCCGCAGCGUGGGCUACGGCUCGCUGGUCAUCAACACGCACAGCUUCCAGAAAAUUGAGUGGAUCGACUCGUACCGCGGGCCUGGGAGCUACAAGGGCUCGGCAGUCACCAUUGGUGCCGGCGUCCAGGGUCUGACCAUCCUGUCUCAGGGCCACGCCCGGAAUCCCCCUCUUGUGGUCGUCACCGGCGAGUGUCCUACCGUCGGCAUUGCCGGCGGCUUUAUCCAGGGUGGCGGUCACGGCCCGUGGACCACGCUCAAGGGGCUCUCGGCCGACAAUGUCCUCGCUUUCGAGGCCAUCACUGCCUCGGGCCAGUAUGUGACGGCCAACGAGCGCCAGAACCCCGACCUUUUCUGGGCUCUCAAGGGCGGUGGUCCGGCCUCGUUUGCCGUCAUUCUUUCGGUCACCAUGAAGACCUUUCCGGACGUCCCAUCGGCUGGUGCCACGCUCUACAUCAACACCACACACACCACCGACUCCAAUGUGUGGUGGAACGGAACCGAGACGUUCCACAAGUGGUCCAACCACUUCGUCGACAACGGCCUCUACGUCUACUUUGAGCUUCUGCCCUUCACGUUCCGCGCACGCCCGUUUGUGGGCAUCGGCAAGACCAAGGCCGAGCUGCAGACUGUCGUCCAGCCCUUCUUGGAUGAACUUACCGCCAAGGGGGUGCCAUUCGACUUUACCAUCAAGGAUUUCCCCACCUUCUACGACCUGUACGUCGACCUUUUCGAGGCAGAGGCCGCGGGAUCCUCUGCCCUCACGGGCGGCUGGAUGUUCAACCACCAGGACGUGGCGACCAACAACGACGGCAUCAUCGAGGCCUUCAAAACCGUCCUGGCCCCACGACCCGACGCGUUCGGCUUCAUGAUUGGCCACCUGUUCAACCCGGGCUAUGGAGCCCCCGCGAGCAACAGCGCGACGCAUCCGGCCUGGCGGAACGCGACCGACUUCAUCAUCAGCGCCCUGGUCGUGCCCGUCGGCUCGUCCCUGGCCCAGAAGGUGGACCUCCAGAAUCUUUUGACCAACACCAUGGACGAGGCCCUGCGCAAGGCCAGCACUAGUGGGUGCACCUACGUCAAUGAGGCCGACCCCUACCAGAAAGAUUGGCAGAGCCACUUCUGGGGCUCCGAGUAUCCCAAGCUCCGUGCUUUGCGGUACAAGUGGGAUCCUCUUGGUGUCCUUUACGCCAUAUCCACUCCCGGCACCGAGAAGUGGGAGGUGAUUGAGGAUGGGACGCGGCUGCAGACCGGGCUCUCACCCGCGCAAGGACCCGGCCAAGAACAUGGCUUCGCCUCUUGGUCCCCGCAGAGUACCGCUUGGCUUAAGCACACUUUGAAGGUGCAUGUCGAGAAGCGGAUUCUCCUUGCUAACUUUCUCAUCACGCUGUCCUUCAGCUUCACUCAAGUCCCGAUCUUCUACGUCUUCCACCUGAUGGAAUGCGACGUCUUCUAUAGCAACCACCCGCCAUACGAAGGCCUAGGCGACCGGUGUAGCCGGAACGAGAUUGCCGCCGGAACCGCGACGCAGUUCUCAAUCCUGGGCAUGAGCACCACCUUCUGCGGCACCAUCAACCUGUUUGUCGCCGGCUGGAUGGCCAAGCGGUUCGGGCCCCGCGCCGCCCUCAUGGUGCAGACUUCUGUGCCCGCCAUCCGGGUGGCUACACAGGUCCUCGGCGUCGUGGCGGGCGGUCAGGCCGGCAUCAUUAUCUUUCAGUGCACCCAGUUGAUCACUGUCAUCGGUGGCCCCGUUGGGUACAUUUUGGUCGCCAAUGUUAUCGCCGGCGAGGUCGUUGAGCCUUUGCGACGCACAGCCGUUUUUGGCAUGCUGCAGGGUUGCAUCAUGUUGGGACAGGGGAUCGGGUACCUCAGCGGAGGUAUGAUCGGUGAUGCAUGGGGCAUCCGACGCCCCUUUGAGGUGGCUUUUUACUCAUUUCUCGUCUCGACAUUGUAUGUGCGCGUGUCCAUGCCGUACAUUGCCGCUGAUUCCUUGUCGAGCGGCUCCAAGCCACACUCCAAGGGCCUUGCCGAGUUCUUCUCUCCUCUGCGUGUGCUUGUGCCGCAGAGGGUCAUGCUAGGAAGCGGCGUUGUACAGAAGCAUUACGGUGUUCUAUUCUUAUGUGCUGGAGUCUUCCUGGGCGUAUUGGCCACAGGAUACGCCCCCUUGCUGAUCCAGAUGUAUGCCACGGCAGUGUUUGAGUUUCAGCAGGGCGACAAUGGCUGGCUCAUGUCCGGCUUUGCUUUUAUGCGCGCAGUCUUUUUAAUAUUCCUCUUCCCUCGGAUCAUCAACACCGGCCGCAGAUGGUACCUGGCAAGGGGGCAACAAGAGACUUCUCCGGGUGCUGAGACCCAGUCUCGCUGCCAUCUUGCAAUGAAUCCGGAGGAACUGGAAGCGCCCAUUGGCAGCUUCGCGGAGGAAGAGCCGGUCGCGUCCGCCGAAGUUAAAGAGGACGAGGGGACUGCCUUUGAUCUCUUUUUUCUUCGGAUCAGCUUGGUUGUCGACGGCAUUUUGACGAUGUGUGCCGACUUUGCCACUGAGGGCUGGCACAUCUAUUUCGAUGUGUUCAGCCUCAAACAGAGCAGACGCCCUCAACGCUCUGACGCUGGUCGAGAACAUCGCCAGGCUGUCGACCCAGGGCUUAUUCGGCUUUGUUUUUGCGGCUUUGGCCCGGAUUGGCAAGCCCCAUCUGACCUUCUUCGCCAAUGCGCACUGUCCUGGGUCACACUCAGGACGCGGGAGACCAAGACGGGGACCGAGAAGACCGCCAAAACCAGGACGAUCCGCAUGUUGUCAGAAGCUAAGUGA